UCCUCAGUCAUGCCGCAGUAUUUAGCAAGGCCUUUUUAAAUGACCUUCCACCAACAUGUCUUUAAGAAGGCUCAUUCAGCAAAAUCACAAUGCCAAUUUUGUAGAAUUCAGUGUCAGCUCAGCUUACGCGCCGUGCGGGGAACCAGCGUGCGGUUCACAGAUGGAUAAUAAAAGAAUUCAGACCCUGGCAAAUACAGUGGGGACCUUACCUCGGGGACGCAAGCAGCUUGCUUUAGCCAGAUCCAGUUCCUUGGGGGACUCCUCUGGGCCGGAAAGACAUGUAGUCGCUAUCUUCAAAGAAGAUAAAGAGACAUUUGGGUUUGAAAUUCAGACUCUUAGAGUUCCACAACAAAAUGAUUACUCACUGGAGGUGCGCACUUAUGUCUACAAAAUUCAAGAAGAAAGUCCUGCCCAUCUUUCUGGCCUUCAGACUGGUGAUAUCCUUGCCGCUAUCAAUGGAGUGAACACUGAUGGUUUUAGUCACAAGCAAAUAGUUGACCUGAUAAAAUCUUCAGGGAAUUAUUUAAGAUUAGAGACCAUCAAUGAGGCCAUGUUUUUGAGGAAAAUGGAACUUGAAACUAAGCUGCAGUUAUUGAAGCAAACUUUGCAGCAAAAAUGGGUGGAGCUCCGAUCUUUGCACUUACAGGAACAGCGUUUGCUGCAUGGAGAAGUGAAUGACAACAUUCUCCUGAAUGCUCUGGAGUUGGAAGAAUCUAAUUUAUUUGGUAGCUGUAACAUGCCAGGGCCAGUCUUUCCAAUUAAGCCUCGCUUCUCUAGUGAAAGCAGCUCUAAAAGCCGUCUGAGUUUGAUGACUGUGGACAGUGAGGAUAGCUUCUACCAGACCAGUGCAUUUGAUGAUUCUGCUGUGGAGAGCCUGAGCCGUCAGUCGAGCAUGGAUGACGACUGCUUCUUCCCCAGGGACAGUGACAGCGCUGUGGGGAAGUCUUCCCUGAGGAGGAACAGAAGCAUCAGCCUGGCCAGCAGUGGGUCCAUGUCCCCUCUGUGGGAGGGAAGCAGCUGCCCUAAUAAUUUUGGCACACUCCCACGGAAAAGUAGGAGAUCAAGUGUACGAAAGCAUCUUCUGAAAUUCAUUCCAGGCCUUCAUCGAGCAGUGGAAGAGGAAGAAAGUCGAGUCUGACAUCAUACAUGUUAUCUUUCAUGUCUGAGACUCUGCAAGUUGGCCUGCAGUGUGGCCUGGGACUGAGUACAGCACCUCUACCAGAAACACGUAGCAGAUAUGUAUUUUCCUCUCCUCACAUAACCUUUCAACAGGAUUUGAUGAUAUUUAAAAUGCUCUGUUUUUUUUCUUAAUAAUUAUUAAUCACAAUGCACUGUGGACCUCUUAACAUGAAAAAUGGCUAACAGUGAAAUGUGAAGAAUGCUUGCAAA